AUGUUCUCCAAGUUCACAGCCUCCAAGCUAAGUGCUUACUUCUCUAGAAGAAUGAGCAACGAAUCAACGGGGUCUUUAUCAGAAAAUGAGCUCAGUGAUGGAGACGUUGGCGCAGACGAUAGUCCGUCAGCUUAUCUGUCGUAUUUUAGACGAUUGAAAGAAACCACAGAUAAACUACACCUCAGUGCUAGAAGACCCAGCAUCAUGUUGUGGAGACAGCAGUAUCUCGAGUCACAGAACUUUCCGCGGGGGAAAUCAAACAUGAACUCUGACAUCACUGACGGUAGCCUAACUUUGGAUAGAAAGCACAGGAUUGACAGAGCCUUAGAGUGGUUGAAGAUUCAGCUGGUAGGUAUAUUAAUCUAUCUCUGCCAUAUUCUUUCACAGCUGAAACUACAGCGCAGCACAGAAGAGCACCAGGAACUGAUCGACGAUUUCCACUUCGAGCUACAAGAGCUUCAGGAGUUCUCGGACAUUCUUGAUCUGCCCAUACCUGAACAUGGCAGUAACCCGCUCAAACAUAUCGGCAUUACACGCCUCAACAUCAGCGCCAGACGUUUUUCAGCCUGUUGA